CUUCUCUUUCUCACAAAAAUCCCUAAAAAACUGAAGCAGCAAACUCUUCUCUUUCAUCUUUCUCAUCGAACAAGGUUAGUCAAGAAUUGUUGACACGGCCAUGGUGCAAGAGAGAACUGGAAAUGGAGCACCUUCAAAUGGGAAUUCGGCAGGUGGAAAUGCUUAUACAAUUGACUUGAAUACUUUCAGUAAGCGACUGAAGGCCUUAUAUUCACACUGGCACAAACAUAAGGAUGACCUAUGGGCCUCUUCUGAUGUCCUUGCUAUAGCUACGCCGCCACCUUCGGAGGACUUGAGAUACUUGAAAUCCUCAGCUUUAAAUAUUUGGUUGCUAGGGUAUGAGUUUCCUGAGACGAUUAUGGUUUUCGGAGACAAGCAAAUACAUUUUCUGUGUAGCCAGAAGAAAGCCUCAUUGCUUAGUGUUGUAAAAUCCGCUGCUAAAGAGGCUGUGGAUGUGGACAUUAUCCUGCAUGUGAAGGCGAAAAAUGAGGAUGGGACUACUCAAAUGGACAAUGUGCUUCACACUAUCCGUAUGCAGCCAAAGUCAGAUGGUCCUGAUACCACAGUCGUCAUUGGAUAUAUUGCAAGAGAGGCCCCUGAAGGAAAACUCUUGGAGAUAUGGACCGAUAAGAUGAGAAAUUCAAGCCUUACUCUUAGUGAUAUCUCAAAUGGGCUGGCUGACCUCUUUGCUGUGAAGGAACAGAAUGAGAUAAUAAAUGUGAAGAAAGCUGCAUAUUUGACUGCUUCUGCAAUGAAGAACUUUGUUGUUCCGAAGCUUGAGAAAGUUAUUGACGAGGAGAAGAAAGUAACUCAUUCUUUAUUAAUGGAUGACACAGAAAAGGCUAUUCUAGAACCUGCAAAAAUUAAGGUGAAGCUGAAAGCUGAGAAUGUUGAUAUUUGUUACCCCCCAAUCUUCCAGAGUGGUGGGAAUUUUGAUCUUAGACCUAGUGCUACAAGCAAUGAUGAACAGUUGUACUAUGAUUCUGCCAGUGUCAUCAUAUGUGCAGUUGGAUCACGAUACAACAGUUACUGUUCAAAUGUUGCCAGAACAUUUCUCAUUGAUUCAACUUCGACGCAGAACAAGGCUUAUGAGGUUCUUCUUAAAGCUCACGAGGCAGCAAUUGGUGCAUUGAAGCCUGGAAACAAGCUUAGUUCCGUGUAUCAAACAGCUCUUGAAGUGGUUGAGAGGGAUGCUCCUGAAUUUGUUAGCAACCUGACAAAGUCUGCUGGGACUGGGAUUGGUCUUGAGUUCCGGGAGUCUGGGUUGAUCAUUAAUGCUAAGAAUGAUAAGGUGCUGAGAGCGGGAAUGGUUUUCAACGUGUCACUUGGUUUCCACAAUUUGCAAACUGGGACCACCACUGAAAAGAGUAAGAAUUUUUCACUGUUGUUAGCAGAUACGGUUAUCGUCACAAAUGAUGGUCAUGAUGUGGUUACUCACUUGAGCUCUAAAGCCGUGAAGGAUGUAGCCUAUUCUUUCAAUGAAGAUGAGGAAGAUGAGGAGGAGGUUAAGGUGAAAGCUGAUUCAAGCAGGAUGGAAGCCUUGUAUUCCAAGGCAACACUUAGGUCAAACAACCAAGAAGAGCUCCGGAGGCAGCAUCAAGCAGAACUUGCUCGUCAGAAGAAUGAAGAAACUGCUCGUCGUCUUGCUGGUGGAGGAGCUUUAACGGGGAAUAACAGGGGUGCUGCUAGGGCCUCAAGUGACCUUGUUGCGUAUAAGAGCAUCAAUGAUCUACCACCUCCUAGGGAUAUGACUAUUCAGGUUGACCAAAAGAAUGAAGCCAUUCUUCUACCAAUAUAUGGUACUAUGGUUCCUUUCCAUGUGGCUACUGUUAAGACUGUUUCAAGCCAGCAGGAUACCAACCGUAACUGUUAUAUCCGUGUCAUUUUCAAUGUCCCUGGCACCCCUUUUACACCUGUUGAUGCAAAUGCUCUUAAGAAUCAGGGUGCUAUUUACCUGAAGGAAGCUUCGUUUCGUUCUAAGGAUCCAAGGCACAUAAGUGAAGUGGUUCAGCAGAUUAAAACUCUUAGACGGAAUGUUAUGGCCAGGGAGUCUGAGAAAGCUGAAAGGGCAACUUUGGUGACUCAGGAAAAACUUGUACUUGCAGGGAAUAAAUUCAAACCAGUUAGGCUGUCUGACUUAUCUAUUCGUCCCUCUUUUGGUGGUCGUGCAAGAAAGCUUCCGGGUACAUUGGAAGCUCAUGUUAAUGGUUUCCGGUACUCGACCUCAAGAACAGAUGAGCGUGUUGACAUCAUGUUUGGCAACAUCAAGCAUGCAUUCUUCCAGCCAGCAGAGAAGGAGAUGAUUACCCUUCUUCACUUUCAUCUGCAUAACCACAUAAUGGUAGGAAACAAGAAAACCAAGGAUGUGCAAUUCUAUGUUGAGGUAAUGGAUGUGGUGCAAACACUUGGAGGUGGAAAGCGGUCUGCCUAUGACCCAGAUGAGAUUGAGGAAGAACAGAGAGAAAGAGACCGUAAGAACAAAUUCAACAUGGACUUCCAGAAUUUUGUGAACCGGGUGAAUGAUAUGUGGAGCCAGCCCCAGCUUAAAGGACUCGACCUGGAGUUUGAUCAACCUCUGAGAGAACUUGGGUUCCAUGGGGUGCCCUAUAAAUCAUCAGCAUUCAUCGUGCCAACCUCGAGCUGUUUGGUUGAGCUGAUAGAGACCCCAUUUCUCGUGAUAACCUUAAGUGAUAUUGAGAUUGUCAACUUGGAGAGAGUUGGAUUUGGGCAGAAGAAUUUUGAUAUGGCAAUUGUCUUCAAGGACUUCAAGCGUGAUGUCAUGCGCAUAGAUUCCAUUCCUGUCUCCGCACUUGAUGGCAUCAAGGAGUGGCUUGACACAACUGACAUCAAGUAUUAUGAGAGCAAGAUGAAUCUGAAUUGGCGUGAAGUAUUGAAGACCAUAACUGAAGAUCCCCAAAGGUUUAUAGACGAAGGUGGUUGGGAAUUUUUAAACAUAGAUGCUUCUGACUCAGAAUCUGAAAACUCAGAGGAGUCAGACCAAGGUUAUGAACCCUCAGACGCUGAACCUGAGUCAGAUUCAGAAGAUGAGGCCUCUGAUAGUGAAUCUCUGGUGGAUUCCGAGGAAGAAGGGGAAGACUCAGAUGAAGAUUCAGAGGAAGAGAAAGGCAAAACAUGGGAAGAGUUGGAGAAGGAGGCAAGCAAUGCAGAUAGGGAGAAAGGAGAUGAACCUGACAGCGAGGAUGAGAGGAGGAGAAAGAAGAACUUUGGCAAGUCACGAUCUGGUCCAAGUUCUGCUGGUUCUAAGCGAAUGAAGUUUAGGUAGUUUUGCUGAUUCGAUUUGUCUUAGAACAGUCAUCAAGCACAUUACAAGUAGGUCUUCCUUGAAGUUUUAGUUAGUUAGUUAUCAAGUUCAGUUUUUUCUUGUAUAUUACUUCUAAAUUGUUUCUCUUUGCACUCCACUUUGGGUUGUUAGACCACGGUGGAGUUUGUCAGACUAGGUUCAAACGUUUCUGUUUACCUUCGUUUAGCUAGAUAUCAUGUUUUUAUGUACGCGUUUACAGUUGGUUGUGCGCGCAAAUAUCUCAUAUUGAAUUCCAACUGGAAACCUCUCCUUA